CUCCUGAGACCCUUGGAUGCUCCUCCGGCUGUUUCUGGUGGCUCAGCCAUGCCUGCAUGACCCGGACAUGCCCUAGCCCCUCUCCGCCUGUCUGCGCAUGUGUGAUGGUGGGACGUUGGCUCUUUUUGGAGCUGCUGCCACCGUGGGCUCUGUGAUCUGUUCUGAAUUACCUACUGGACUUGCUCCUGCUCGCAAUGAGCUCCCAGACCCAUCCAGAUGGACUUUCUGGCCGAGACCAGCCGGUCGAACUGCUGAACCCACCAAGAGUGAACCACAUGCCUAGUACAGUGGACGUGAGCCCAGCACUGCCCCUCCCAGUGGCGCCCUCCGCUGUGCCCAUGGACCUCCGCCUGGACCACCAGUUCUCGCUGCCGGUGACGGAGCCCACGCUCCGUGAGCAGCAGCUACAGCAGGAGCUGCUGGCCCUCAAGCAGAAGCAGCAGAUCCAGCGGCAGAUUCUCAUUGCCGAGUUCCAGCGGCAGCAUGAACAGCUCUCACGGCAGCACGAGGCCCAGCUCCAUGAGCACAUCAAGCAGCAGCAGGAGAUGCUGGCGAUGAAGCAUCAGCAGGAGCUGCUGGAGCACCAGCGGAAGCUUGAGCAGCAUCGCCAGGAGCAGGAGCUGGAGAAGCAGCAUCGCGAGCAGAAGCUGCAGCAGCUGAAGAACAAGGAGAAGGGCAAAGAGAGUGCCGUGGCCAGCACUGAAGUGAAGAUGAAGCUUCAGGAGUUUGUCCUCAACAAGAAGAAGGCCCUGGCGCAUCGCAAUCUGAACCACUGCAUCUCCAGUGACCCUCGCUACUGGUAUGGGAAAACUCAGCACAGCUCCCUGGACCAGAGCUCCCCCCCACAAAGUGGGGGCCCCGCGGCCUACAAUCACCCUGUGCUGGGAAUGUACGACUCCAAAGACGACUUUCCGCUUAGAAAAACAGCAUCCGAACCCAACCUGAAGUUACGGUCGCGGCUAAAGCAGAAGGUGGCCGAGAGACGGAGCAGCCCCCUGUUGCGCAGGAAAGACGGCCCGGUGGUGACCGCUCUUAAAAAGCGUCCGUUGGACGUCACAGACUCCGCAUGCAGCAGCGCCCCAGGAUCAGGACCCAGCUCCCCCAACAAUAGCUCCAACAACAUUAGUGCCGAGAACGGACUCGCCGGCUCUGUUGCCAGCCUCCAGGCAGAGACCAACCUGGCUCAUCGACUGGUGGCCCGCGAAGGCUCUGUGACGCAACUGCCCCUCUACACAUCACCCUCCCUGCCCAACAUUACGCUAGGCCUGCCUGCCACCGGCCCUUC